UUUCGCGUGGGAUACCCAGUCGGAAGCCCCAGGGUUACCCCCAGGCGCGAAACCCCAAGGUCACUUGCAGUAGUCUUGUGGGGAACAUUUUGCCACCAUGAUUUUUGGGAUGUCUCACCUGUCUGCCUCCCCCUCCUCCCCUCUGACCGCGCGCCCUCUCCCUCCCCUCCCAUUUCUUCCCCUCGCUUCCUCCCCCGGCCUCUCCCUCGCCGCCACCCCCGCCCGUCACUCCGCGCCCUGCCGCCCCUUACGCCGAUUCCGCUGUUCUGCCGCCGAGGGGAUGGCGACGGCGUCGCAAUCGCCGCCUGAAGCGGGCAGCGCGCCACGUGUCAUCAAGCUGCAGGCGAUCCCGCUGACUCGCGAGGCGUUCGCGCCCUUCGGCGAGGUGGUGGAGCCCGCCGAGGACGGCGUGGCGUUCGGCGCUGAGGACGCCGCGCUGGACCUCACACAGGGCACGCCACGGGUGUACAUAAUGCGGCUGCGGGACCGCCCUCUGGGGUUUGACCGCAUCACGCACCACGCGCGUGUGACGCAGUGCCUGGGCGCCGUGGGCGGGCAGCCAUGGUUCCUAGGCGUGGCGCCGCCAUCCCUCGUGCAGGGGGAUGGUGGUGAUGAUGAUGAUGAGGGAGUGCCGCGGGGAGCGGCGGGGCAGCGGUACCGGCCGCCAGAGCCGGGGGCGGUGAGGGUGUUUGUGAUGGAGGGCGCGGUGGUGGUGAAGCUGCACGCAGGCACGUGGCACGCGGGGCCGCUCUUCGCCCAGCCCUGCAUGGACUUCUUCAACCUCGAGCUCCAAGACACCAACGUGGUGGACCACACAACACACAACUUUGCUCAGAGCGACGGCGCCGUGUUUGAGAUCGAGGAUGCGCACUCGUGAGGCGUGAGCCGUUGGGCUACCGGCAGGCCAUGUGCAUCUGCUGUCGCACGCACAUGACGGUGGCUGUUGCAGUACAACGUUGCGCACGUGGAUGCGCACUUGAGAGUGCCCACCGCAUGUUGUGUGAUGUGACGGGACUACAAUGUAAUGGUCCUAGAUUAUAAUCUUUGCACGUGAGGAGAGGUGAGGUCUUUACACAGAAGAUCAUCGUCAUUGACAACGCAGUCAGUCCGUACAAAAAGGCCCAACUGCACAACUACCCACACGAGAGGAGUGCUCGCAUUAUUGCUUGGAUUCGUCCAAGUUGGUAAGUCCUGGCAUGGAGAUGAUGCACGUACAGCAGGGAUAAAGGCAGCCGUGUGCACGCGAUGGCUGCUGCCCGUUGAAAGAUUGCCGUUGUCAUUGUAGUAGCAAGGAGUCUGAGCAAGGAUCUACGCAAGAAAGAAGGAUUAUGAAAUUUGGAUUAAACCUUCUUAGAUAUAUUUGUAGUUUUGAACUUUUCUGUGUCGCAUACAACAUUCAUUCAUGCAUU